UGCUGGGGGUCAGCCCAUAAUGAGGGCUGUGGAAUUCUCUCUCGCAGAGGCAGUAAUAAGAAGCAGUGUCAGUUUGGGAGAGUGGGGAGGUAUUAGGGGGGGGUCAUGUUAUAGAGCCUGGAGCGCUUGCAGGGAUCUCUCCCACUCCUCUGCUAAGGAUCCAAAGCCUCUGCCAGCAGCAGCUCCCAGACACAGACCCCAAUCCUGCUGCUCCUGAUUGACCCAGGGCUAACAACAGGACUCCCACAUUUCUCAACCAAGAAGCCCCAACGUGACCUGAACUUGCUCAGGGGGUGCCAGAUGCAGCACAGCACUGCUGGGAUACAACUCCUCCCAUAUUCCUGAUCAUCUGGCUGUGCACCAGGAGCCUGGGAUCUGGGGGAACCUAUUAACACCCCACUGGAUCAUAGGGGAACCCCUUAAAAUUGCUGCCUUGAUGUUGCCUGGUGGUGCCAGACGCCGGGCACCCUGUGACCCAAACAGAUGGGCUGGAUGGUAUUUGCAGUAACUUGCCCCCCUGCAGCUGAUUAAUAGGUCACAUGUGGAACUCAUCUGAGCAGGGCUGGGGUGGAACCUGAACAAAAGCGAGGAUGUUCCCCUCAAUAGACUGACUUCAAAGGCAACAGGCAGGAAGAGCUAUUGCUGAGCGGGCAAGGUGUCAUAAGGAUAUUUGUGGAGAUAAUGUGAAGUCCAACAUAGGGUUCUGCCUGACGUUGCUGAGCUUUUCCCUCACCUGAGAGGGUGACCCCAUGAGUCCAACCCUAACUGAAACUGCCCAUGCUGGGCUCCGGAGGAUGGGGAGCACUGGCUCCACUUGCGGCACAUCCAGUUCAUUAGUAAAGGUCUGCGAUGAUCACAAGGGAGGCAUUAAUUGGGUGAGUCUGAGUCCGGAUGGGUGCCACCUGCUGACUGCCAGCGAGGACUGUACUGCCCGACUCUGGAGGACAUCGGACAAUCAGUGCUGCAAAGUGCUACAUGGGCACGGGAGUUACAUCACCUUCUGUCACCUGGAGAACGAGGCGGCUUUCACAUGCAGCGCCGAUCAAACCGUGAGAAAGUGGGAGGUGUCCACAGGCGAGUGUCUGAUGGUUUAUACAGGACACACCUCUAUUGUGAACAGGAUACUGGUGUCCAAGGGCCACAUCUUCAGUGGGUCGUACGACAGAACCGCGCGCAGCUGGAAUGUAGUCACUGGCCAAAGCCUCCAGGAGUUUCGGGGUCAUCGGAAUUGUGUCCUGACUCUGGCGCACUUCUCCUCCUACGAUGUAUUGGAAGCCUUAGACGUGGAAGAGAAAGAGGGGAAAGAAUUUCUUGUGACUGGAAGCACAGACUGUACCAUAAAAAUAUGGGAGGUGUCCAGUGGGUGCUGCUAUCAGACCCUGAGGGGCCACGUGGGGGCCAUUCUGUGCGUCGUCCUGGAUUCCGCCAAUGGGGAGCUGUAUUCUGGCAGCACGGACUGCACCGUCCGGCGGUGGAAUAUGGUCACUGGCGACCAACUUACUGUAUUCAGGCACCAUCAAGGCUCCAUUAUCUGCUUAGAGAUAGUGGGCCGCCAUUUGUAUUCAGGGAGCGUGGACAGAACGGUGAAAAGCUGGUUAACGGAUACUGGGGACUGCGUCAGAACCUACAAGAUGCAUAAACACAGCGUUAGCACAUUGAAAUAUCACGCUGGAAUCUUGUUUACUGGAAGUGGUGAUGCCUGCGCCAGAGCUUUCAAUACAAAAUCUGGGACCCUGCAGCGAGUUUUUCACGGCCACUCCUUCAUCAUAAACUGCAUUCAGAUCCAUGCAAAUUUUUUGUACACGGCCUCUCAUGACGGUACCCUCCGAGUGUGGGACAUUAAAGAUCUUUGCCAGCAGAACAAGCCCCCUGGUCAGAAGGAGAGGUCCUUGAAGAGCAAGACUUCUCAUAAGGGCAGCCUGUCUCACAUCUUCAAUAAUAAAGUUGGCUGCUCACUCGAAGCCAGUGGGCAAAGUGAUCCUGCGGAACUUGUCUAAAUUCUGACCUGGGACAUCUCCUGUCCUGGGACAUCUCCUGACCUGGACAUCUGGAAUAAUUGGUGAAUAGGUCUUUACCCAAAGGAUUAGCUGAACAGUCAUGACUUCCCAUGUGCUCGUCUGAAGUGGAGCUGCUCUCUUCAACGUGAACUCAUUACUGUAUGUAAUGGACACCCUAGUAGACUUAAGAUGGCAAAAUAUCUUAUAAAUAUAUUUAAUCUUCUACUGCCAGGACCUACUGGUGUAUGGUGCAACAUCUAACAAACUGUCAGUGUGCUACAACCAUAGCUUUUGCUCUUUGCACCCAGACCCGUCCAAUUGGCUCAGACUAUCUUAGUUGCGUUUAAAGGCUAUACCAUGUUACCACAAUGCAACAAUAUGUUAAUUUAAGUUGUGCAAGUCAUGGCUGUUAGGUUACUAGAGAAUCCCUCAGGAUGUUUCCUGAAAAGCUUCACAGAGUUAGACAUAAUACCAUCCUAAAAAAAAUCACAUUAUACAGAUUGUCUAGCCCUGUGAUCAUUCUAAUGUUCUGAUUGGAUACGGGUUGGUCUAGCCCUGUGAUCAUUCUAAUGUUCUGAUUGGAUACAGCUUGGUCUAG